CAAACGAGAGUUCUUCCAUUGUUGUCACCUCUAAUAAGUGACAAACAAGUGUUAAUACACUCAGUUUGGCCGUAUUUUAAUAAUAUGACAAAGGAAAAUACAGUCCGAGAUAGAAGGUGAUGACUGAUUCGGCUCCUAUUGCGUGUUCCUUUCAAAAUAAAGGGAUGUUUUGCUUAAGAUUAUGCUAAUUUAUGAUAAACAUCAAUUGAGCAGGCAACCUCUAACCUCCACUUAAGCCAAAGGUAUUGGAGAUUCAAUUGUACAAUUCUCGUAGACAGUUUCACAUGGAACUGCUAUUUCUACCUGGUCAUCUGACAGUGUCCUGCAGUGUUGAACUGUUUGCAGGGCAAAGAUAGUACCUUUGCACUCAGUUAAUUUAACCCAUUCUCCCCUGAACUGCCAGUAACAACCCGUACAGAUCUAUGUCCCCUUUCUACUCUUUAGCUAAUCAUCAGCUUUAACAUCUUUAUUCUUUAACCUUUUUAACCUUUAUUUCAGUGUAAAUUAAUAUUAUUUUGAAGUAACAGCAUAACUCAUUAAGUGGUGUAUUUAACGUGUGUGCGAGUCAUUGUUUACAUAUCUAUCAAAUUGUUUCCUGGAAGACAAAUAUGUAAUCCUAAAGGGGUAGUAUUUAAUUUGAAAAUUUUCUGGAGAAAAAUAUGAAAGCCUUUAAGCUGAAAAAACCAGUGGUCUAUGUCUCCAUAUUCUGUCAUAGUUUGAUUGAUUGAUCGAUUGAUUGAUCCAUUCAUUUCUUAUUAAUGUGUUUUUUUUUUAUUCAGAUGUUUUUCAGGUGACUUUGUUGCCCCAUACAGUGGACAAUGCCCAAAUAUUUUUCCAACAAAUGGAAGGUAUGGACCGUCCUAUCCCCUCUCAAAUAAGCCCCCCUUCUCAUUAAGACCCCCCUCCCCUCCCCUAGUUAUUCUUUACUAAUUAAAUGAUAGACUGUAUUAUUCACGACUGUAAAACUUCGUGUGGACUGUCCCGGGAUGGUGUAUUUACCAACUGGAAGUUCGGAUUUGAUCCUGAUCCUCGGCUGCAUGACCUUCAACCUCCUUGUACUUGAGCUUUUCCACUUUGUAUUCUAGUUCUUUAUGGAGAACUAAUACCAUCAUCUUUUCUAAAUAAAAAAAGCCCCUCCUCUCAAAUAAGCCCCCCCGUCUCUAUUAAGCCUCCGUCAAAUGGGCUUGAGAUAAAUAAGCCUCCCCACCUGGGGGGGUGUAGUUAUUGUAGCUUGAAGAGUUAUAUUUAUUUAGCCAUCAUAUUUAUUUCAGCACUAUAUGGUCAUAUUCUGAGUGUCCAGAUGUAAAUGAGUGCAAACUGGGCAUUGCUCAAUGUCAUGAAAAUGCCACUUGCAACAACUCGCAUGGUUCCUUUCAAUGCAUCUGUAACAGAGGUUUCACUGGAGAUGGUACCACAGCUUGCAAUAAAACGUAAGAAAUUGUCAUCAGCACUUUGCUCUGCCUAGACCAAAUUGUGGGCUUAGGAAAUAUUAAUGCUAUCACUCUUGUUUCAGUUUUUUAUGACCACCUCAGCUUCCGAUCUGCAGAUUAUUUUGAUAGCUUCAAGUUGUCUCUUUCUGUGAAACUCACAAAACCGUGAACACCAGAAAUAUUUAUGGAAUGUUAUUGUGUUGCGAGAAAUAAGCCACUAAGGCACGAGAUAACUAAACCGCAAACAGCAACGGUAAUUAGUUUGUGGUUUUGAGGUUUGCUUGCCUAUCCUGAACUUUAUUGUGAUUGGCCAGUACACAAUCAACAUUCCUGAAAAUUUUCAGGUGUUCACGGUUUUCUGAGUUUGAUAGUAAGUUAUUAACCCAUUCGCCCCUGAACCGCCCGUAACCGCCCGUGCGGAUCCAGGUCCUUUCUACCCAUUGUGACGUCAUCAGUUUUAACGGUCAAGGACAACUUUCUUCGCUAACUUGUGCAGAGUGAAGAGAUCUUUCAAACCAUACAAGAAUGAGCACAAUUCAGUCAAGGACACCGGAGAAACAAGCAAAAAACCACGUGACAUUGACCUGAAAAUCUCCAUGAAAAUCUUGUUCCAUUAUCCACCUACCUUUCCUUUCACCUAAUCCUAAGAUCCUAAAAGCUUUCCUAAAAACUCUUCCCACCAAAAUCAAGCCUACUAAAUGCCCAGCAAGAGAAAAAAAAAUGAGGCAAGAAAAGCGAAAAAAGAAGGGAGGAGAGAAAGCGAAAAGUAAAAGUCAAGACUGCUGUGUCACUUUUAAAAAUUUUGCUUUCUGCGCAUGCCCGAACUUCGCAAGCUGAUAUUUUGCAUCUGGAUCAGAAGGCCUCAAAGUGUUCGACCUGUAAACCAGUUUGUGGUAAGUUUUAGCUCUUUAUAGCACGACAGUGACCAGAAAACCACUCGACUAGCUUCAAAACGCGUUUUUCGGCAAAAUCUCCAGGAGCGAAUGGGUUAAGGUAGGAAUUUUCAAACUGAAACUGAACUUACCGGUAGCUUGUGUGUUUUAUAUUAUUCAGCUGCUUUCACGACUGUGGUGAACAUGGAUUUUGUGAUGUAGACUACAAGUGCAAAUGUCAUCUCGGCUGGUUGGGUGAAAACUGUUCCACUGAUUGCGGCUGUAACGGACAUAGUGACUGUUCACAGGGCAUCGGCAUUUGUGACAAGUGUCAAGGUACAGUACCUUGAAGUUCCAAUAUCCACAUACAGAUUCUCCCGACUAGCCUCCAUACAGUCAUUUCCCUGACAGAAUUUAAUAAAAGAUCAAACCAUUUUCAAUUAGGUGAUCAUUUUGUUAAUUCUCCUAACCUUUUCUAUUGAUUAUUUACUGAUAUUAUUUGGAGAGAAUUGAUGUUGAUCACAAAGGCGUAUUGGAUCAAUUUAGGUUUUUGAGAAACUGCCCACCUACCCCUCCCCUAAGCCAACAUUUUGCCCUAAGUGACAAGUGUUAAUGUUAGCUUAGGGUAGGGGAAGGUGGGCUAUUUCCUUUGAUAUUGCAGGCCAAGAGCUGAAAAUUACCCAAAGUUAACCAGCUUUUUCAACUUUUGACAUAAUCUUUUUGCACGGUUCGCCUUUCCUUGGGUAAACUCCUAUACGAGGAAAAAUGUAAACACCCUGCUAGGAAAGCCCUGCUUUCGCUUACUGGAUUUUGGCAUAAUGAAGCAUCGUGUAAAAUCUUUGUUGAGCUUUCGUGGCAUGUUGCUAGAAUACAGCCUUGAACCCAGGCCUAAUAUCCGUGCGCUUGGUACAGCAGGCUCUGUUAUGAACAUUGUUUUAUCGAUAAACGGAUGCUCGCACACAAAACCCAGUGUGACGAGAGAAAACAAGAUUAACUAGUCCAGAAUUUUGGGUUGCUGCAGCCUCAAAGGCUUGACGAGGUUUAGGCUCAGUCUUCUUUUCUCUUCUGCAAAGAAGACAAAAGAUGGCUCUGGUCGCAGGGUAAAAUGUAAACAACAACAAUUAAAUGAUGAGCUUGGGAGCAAUUGCCUUAAAGGUUAGUGGGGGUCACCCUGGAAGCGAGAACCACCCAGAAGCGGCCACUAACCGGCACUGUCACACUGAAUAAAUUCAACGGAGAUACUUACCUAAGAGAAUACUUACCUGAGAAAAUACUUACAAAACCACCAGGCAGGGAGGGAGGAGAGGGAGCAAGAAUCCGCAAUGAUGCGCAAGAAGGCAAAAAAUUGAUCCACUACGAUCAGCAAGCAAAGCUACAAUGCAACGCAACACUAGAAAAAGAGCACACAAGGAGCCCUGCAAUUCCCCGAGGGCCGUCCUGUAGGUCACGUACUGGAGUGGGCAAAGACUGCUGGCCAACUCGCUUGAGUUUAACUUUGUCUAAAUGAUAUUUAGCCGCAUCAACAACAAAAUGAUGUGUGCAAAGAUUUACAUGUUUGAUGUGCUUUUUUUUGGUUUAUUGCAGAGAAUACUCAGGGUGAUCACUGUGAAUUUUGUAUCCCCGGCUCUUAUGGUAAUGCAACAACUUCUUUGGGGUGUAAAUCAUGUCAUUGUAAUGGUCAUGGCGAUCCCAAGCAGAAUGUAUGUGAUAUGGAGACAGGAAAGUGUUUCUGUACAGAUUUCACUUUGGGACACAACUGUAGCGUGUGCAUGCCAGGCCUCUUGGGAAAUCCUGAGUAAGUAGAAUGUAUCAGUCAGUUUCUGUGACAUUAUCCUCUCACUUGUGUAGUAAUUAAUAGAUUGUAGCCAUUUGCCACUUUAGAAACAAGAGCUACUGAACAGUACUUUCCUGUGGUACUGUUUAUUAUGCUGUACAUAAAGGCGAUUGUUACUUUAGGGUCCAUGGGUGAAACUAUGUAUGACUAUUCAAUUUUAGUAAAAUCAAACCAGUUGUCUACUACUAGGCUAUAUGUUAUAACCCACUAGUAGCGAAAAGCUCCGGAUUUUUGGCGGCAAAAAAGGAUUAAAGUCUAGCUUUGACUAGCUUAAGUUGUUAUGUUUCGAUAUUUUUUACCAACUAGUUGGAUUUUACUAAAACAAUUAUUCCUCUCGCCCUCAUGGCCUCUGAGUCAAUAGCCCAUGAGGCUGGCUAUUGACUCAGAGCCCAUUCGGGUGCGAGGAAUAAUUGUUAAAUAACCUGCCGAGGAGUUUUUCUAUUAUGCUGUUUAUUAUCCUGUAUUAGGUGGGUGUUACAGUGCAGACACUCAAACCGGAGGACUUGAAAGAAGAUUGUCCAAUCACAACGUUUUCUGAAUUUAAAGAUUUUCAUUUUUUUUUUUGGCAAACGUACCAAUGACAUUCUUAAACUUGAGGGUUGUUUCUUGGGAGGUCAGAUAAGCUCAAACGGUUUUGAAGUUGUGAACAGUUGCGUAGUUGAACCUUGAAUUUCAUUGGCCCGUUUGCAAAAAAACUUGAGAAUCUUUUGUUUACAGAAAAUGUUGUGAUUGGACAAUCUUCUUCUAAGUGCCCCUGUUAAAAUGUCCGCACUGUAACUUGGUUAGAAAAUAGGAGUUCAAAUUUGCUUUUUACUUUUUCAGCCUUUUGUGAGCCAAAUUUCUUUGGUUUGACGUAUUUGCUCAAAUCUAUAUAAACGUUUUACCCUUAGGAAUGGUGGAAUCUGUUUCCAUGAAUGCAAAACUCGAAGUAUCCUUACGAAUAUUACUCAAGGUUAUAUCUCAACUGAAGAGGGGAGCGGAGUCUCAGUCAGGAGUAAGGCCAGUUGCCUCUGGGUAAUAUCAUCACUGAGUAACGCCAGUCAUGGUGUCAUUUACGGCCCGUCCCCGCCCCCGGUGGGUAACAGGGGGCAUAUCAGUCUCACAUUUAAAGAAAUCCGUAUAAACUGUCUCACCGAUCAUGUCGAUGUGUAUGAUGGUUUACCUCCAUUUUCGUUGGGCCCGUCUCCGUUAGAAUCAUUCCAGUCAUUUCGUAGGCUUGGUUCCUUCUGUGGCUGGAACGCAACGAAACUGAAGCCUGUAACAGCGUUGUUAGGGAACAUGGUUGUGGUGAUGACAGCUAAUUUAAGAACAGGCGCUUUGUCCCAGAAGUUCAGCGCUAAGUUUGAGGUCACGAAAUGUCCUGGCCUCUGUGGGGGUAACCGGAAGUGCGUUGUGACAUCAGAUGGAGAGCGAUGUGUUUGUUUAGAGGGGUGGACAGGAGCCAACUGUAACCAGCUGGUUUGUCCGAAGAACUGCAGUGUGUCGCAAGGGCAAGGGAAUUGUAAUCUUGUAAGUGUCCAAUUAUUUGUGUUUCAACUUUAGAACGAAAUAAAUGUAUCAUAGUAACUAAAUAGUUUUGUAUUUAAUUAUGUUCAUACCAUUUCCAGCGUUUGUUUCACCUUGUGUGUGUGUUUCCUUUAAAAAGAUUGAAUUGCUUGUGACCUUGACAAGAUUGUAAAAUACAUUGGGUUGGGGAGAGAAAUGCCACUCCUUUCCCCAGAUCACGCGCAACUUAUUUUCGCUUAGUCUUUGUUGGCGACCUCCCUACUAACUAAAGGCCUUGCACAGCUACAAAGACCCAAUAGGCUUAGAGCGGUUUUCAUUUGAGUAUCGUAAAACCAAAACCAAAGUAAUUACUCUAGCCAAUCACAAAGGACACAGACAAAACAGUGAACCAAUUAAAAGUCGAAGUAAUUACAUGUAGCUGACGCAAAGCGCGGGAAAAUGCAUGCGAGCGUGACACAAUUGGUUUUGGUUUUCCUUCUGAUUGGAUAAAAAAGUGGCGCGAAUCUUUUAAGCCAAUCACGUAGCGUAGUAAACGCAAAACCAAUUACCUUUCGACACUCAAAUGAAAACCGCUCUAUCCACCGACCACCAGUAUGACGGUUAUUGACCGUAUGCUUAAAUUUAAUUCGCAGACGCUUGGCCACUGUGUUUGUACCAGUGGCUUCAUCGGCCCUGACUGCAGUCAAACCCUUACAAUAGGGACAGGUCUUUGGGAAAAAGUACUCGCCGAUUUACCACGCCCUAAUAUCACCGUCAGUCACGUGGCUCGGUUGGGACACUCCAUGGUGCAUGGCCCUGGAUAUUUGCUGGUGUUUGCAGGAUAUUCGACCUCUUAUGGACUUUUAGAUGAUAUUCUCAGCUUUAAUAUCACCUCUAAUGCAUGGUCUGUUAUAGAGAUUAAUCAGUUACCAAGUAAUGUCCCGUCUGCCAGAUACCUUCAUUCUGCUGUGUUUCAUGGGGUGAGUAACUGAAAGACUGCUGUGUGCUGUACGUUCAAAUUCUCCAAAAAUAGUGAUUUACAGCAAAGAGCCUAAAAUUGUGACCGCUUUUGAUUUAUUAACAUUCUUUCGUGCAGAUUUAAUCCAAUCAGAAGCCAGCUGAAAACUGUCCUCGACUUCUGAUUGCUUAAUGUCUGCCUGAAAGAAUGUGAGUUAAUUAAAGGAGGUCACACUAAGGCUCCUUGCUGUAAAAGUGAUGUUACACGAGACGAUUCGCAACGUCGAUUUUCAGAGCAAUAUUGCGUGGCAAUGAUGGAACAAUGUUGUAACCAUUCGAAACAAUGUCGCAGCAAUGUUGUAAUGCUGUGUUGCGCUAAAAAUCGUCGUAGCGAAUCGUCCCGUGUAACAUCACCGUAAGACCCGCUGCUAAUACAGACAUUAGGGAGUUUAAGAUACCACGAUGGCGACGGCGACGGCGACAAAAAUGUCGCUUAAAAAGUGACUUCUCCAUCUAUGAAACUUAAGGGCGAUUAUCCCAACUCGGUCACUUUUUUUUAUGUAGGCGAACUCUCCUAGAGUUAAAUUCUUAAGAAAAAUAUCCAAGUUUAAAAAGAGUAAGAGAUAUUCGUCUUCUAAUGUUCAUGUUGUCGAUAAAACGUGAAAUUAGGCAAUUCACGUCGUAGUCGUGCAGUGACGGCAAAGAAAUGUACAAAAAAGCGUGAUGCACGUGCAGAGUUGUUGUUUUGCUAAUUUUAACCAAUUGCUUUGUGACGUUCUCGUUGCCGUCGCCGUAGUGGCAUCUUAAACUCCCUAAUAUUGUGAUUGGAGGACGAGAAUGACUACGAGUACGCGAUUGGAUUUAAUUUUGUUCUUCGCGCAUCGUCGAAAAGAUGAUAACUCGGAAAGUUUCAUUGAACUUUUUUUCACCAGAAAAGAAGCACUGUUAUCUUUAUUGGACAAGUUGAAGCCCUCUCCCGAUCGCAGAGAGAAAAAACUUUUAACAUUUGUUAACUUGUUUCCGCCACUACAGGAGCUAAAACCCGUAGUAGAAUGACGACGGUUAUAGCGUUUUCUUGGCAAAUGACGCAGGUUCACUCGUGAGCACGACUUAGUUUUGGGAAAAUCUCCUACUCAUAGUCGUCCUUGUUUUAGAAUCUAAUAGUGAGUCCCUAUAACAACACUGUUAUUGUUUUAACCAGUAAUUGUAAAUUUCGUCUUUGGUAAGCAUUCGAAAUCCUCGAGGCAGUUUUUUCAAGGGUUAUUACUGCCAUUGCAUGACGUCAUUCGCCCAGUAGCUUAUAACUAGAGGUAAUCAUUGAUUACGGAUGCGCCUUCGUCACCUUCAGAAAAACUACGUAAACGAAAUCGAGUCCAAAGGAGUCCAGUUUCCCGGCUGAGGUGCCCCCUGAUUAAAUUCACUAGGGGCGGCUAAUUUGCAGUCGCCCGUGAUAGCUUGAAAAUUUCUGCCUUAGUGCCACGGGAACACCAGAUAAGGGAGCGUUCUGACGAACACGAUUAUUUGACGAGUGACGUCUUUUGUCCAAUAAGUUUGCUUUUGUGGAACGAUUGACUUAAAAAUAUGGUCAGCGCGAUCGCGUUUUGAAGAAUUAUCCACGAGAUUUAAGCCCAACAGGGAGGAAGAAAUAUUUUCACUAAAUAUUAAAAUCAACCGUAGCUGUAGCAGGUGAUUAGUGCACAAUGAUUAGCAAAGUUCUGCAGGACGGUAGUAUCAUAACUUGAAGCUUGUUAUGAUUUUAUGGAACUGUAUUAAUGUACUUUUGUUUUACAGGACUCUAUGCUGGUUUAUGGAGGGCAAACUAAAAAUGGUGCUGAUCAAUGCCUUUGGCAGUUUAAUGUGACAACGCUUCGAUGGACUAAGGUAAACAAAAUUUCUUCAUGGAGUUAUCAAAUGAUCAAGGGAAAUUUUGAGGUGCUUUUAUUGCAAUAGUCAAACGCUCCCUUGUUUGAGAAGAACUUGCACAUAGUAUUAAACGUUUGCUGUGCUUUUUCCCUGAAAUCUACCUAUUAAUUCAUGCCACAUCGAAAGAAAACCACAAUUAACUUGGCGCUUCCCCUACGGAUCAAAGACCGGUUUCAGAUUGUCGAAUUUGAAUGCGAACUUGCCAUGUUUCUUUUGUUUUCGCUUGGCAGGAGUUGACUUAGUGUGACACACCCAGUUUCGUGCGAGUGUUUGCAAGACAUGUUUUUCAGUUUUACUGUGGUCUUUUUUUGCCAGAUGACCAGCCAACCUCCAAAAGUCGCAGGCCACACUGCCACUCUGGCGGAAGAUGAAAUGGUUUUGAUCGGUGGAUAUGACAAAGGGUCGGGAUUUAACGAUAAAACGUACAAGUACAAUGUCUUGACCAAGCAGUGGAGUCAAGUGCAGACAACUGGACCCUAUCCAAAGGGUAAAACACCCCCUGGAGGGAACUCCCUUAUGAAAGGGGCGGGAAUGCUCGUCGUCUCGCUUAGGGGUGUAAAUUUCCGAUUUUGGUCUCACUUAGGGUGUUCUGGGCAAAACGCCUUUAUAUUUGAUGGUGAGGGUAAAAGUAUUCGAUGACAAUGUCUUUACGAUCAUUAAAAGUCGCUGUAUUUGUUAUUUGUCUGUGUUUUAAAAUGGUCUCUUUUAGAGGUCAAAAAAAGAUUGGGCAACGCCCAGAUUGGUCUCCCUUAGGGCUUUAAUUCAAAAUUUCCGACGAGCAUCUCCAUCCGUUUCAUCUGGGAGUUCUCCCCGGAACAUACCUUGAACUUUAGAGUAACAACAGUCUCUUUUUUCUUAGUCUGUCGAGCGAAAUGCGCGAGACACGAACAUGACCAUGCGCGUGACUGGCUGCCACCCUCGUUUUUCGCGUCUUGCGGCUUUGUAGCUCUACUCUCGCACGCUCGGACACUCCCUUCUCUUAAUCUGAAGAAAAGUGAUACUGGAGUGGAGCGGUUGAUUGCUUUGACUUUGAAGUGCUGUGCUUUUGAUUCAGGUCUUAGUUGUUUAAAUACUGGAUAGUGAUAUCCACCGGAUAAUCAGUGGAUAAGCCCUGGAUUACAUGGUCCAGUUGUUCAAAAGGUGGAAAACGCUAUCCACCGGAUAAAUAUUUAUCCAGUGGAUAACGCAAUUGGUUUUCCUAAUAAUUCUCCGCUGGAUAGUGAAGUGAAAUAGGUAAAGUCGGUACAAUAUAUGUCCCCAUACAUGAAGUACCUAUCUGAUUUAUCCGGUGGAUACCGCUGUCCAAUGUUUGACAACCGAGGCUAGCGCUCUAACUGCUCGGCCAUGCUCCUUCAUCUAUUAGCCUGCAUAGCGUGGUGGUUUUGGUCAGGCGCGCAAACAAGCCAAGGUGGGCGAAGGUGUUUAAUUUUGAGGGGCAGUUUCUCUUGCAAUCUGUGUCAGCAAAAUUUUACGACCUAGUUGCGAGAAAUCGUACGUUAUGUAACCAAACCUCAUAACACCAGUUUUGCAGUUUUUAAUUUUAUUUUGCUUUCAAUGUUACAGGUUUGUAUGGACACACAACUGUGUAUUAUGCAACCAAAUCAGUGAUGUUAGUGUUUGGCGGAUAUCGGUUCAGGAUCGACUCCGUGAUGCCUUCAGAUGCUCUAUAUUCUUUAGACCUUAAUUCCAGAAAAUGGAGUAUUUUACAGCCGUCACCUUUUAAUGAAGUAAGUUUUUGAUUUUUUUUUUCGUUAGGCUUUAACUCCCAGAGACAUAAAGAUAUGUUUUGUAGUUUUAACGUUUCAGGCCGGGAGCCUGUUCCCUAUUUGGCCAAAACGGGUAUGUGCCGCUGAAAAUAUGUUUUUCAGGAACAGGGUAAACAUUUUCAGGGUCAAAAAAGAGAUCGCUUUUCUUAAGCAGGGUAGUGAAUUAACGGAUUUUUGUCUUAAGCACGCUCAGGGUUUGAAGGCCUCGGCGACACACCCACACCCAAACUUCUAUUGAAUGCCUCCCCUGGAUGUUUAAGUCUUGUCGAGAUACUUAAAGAGGAGCAUGGGUGAUGUCUUGGAGGCAACGCCCUAUGUGGGGAGAGUUUGCUGUUGAUUAUUUUGCUUGCUCCAUGAGGAUUAUCCAACACACGCCAGGUGGGCCCAGGGCCCCUCUUUUCUUCUUCCAAGUCACCUUGCUGGGUAACUGAGGAGUUUACUAUUUCAGUGUUUACCAUUUGGGGCGAAUCACAAAUUUGAUGAGGACCAAAUCAAGGAAGUCCAAGGAAAUCCAAGCCUUAAAAUGUUUUGAGACCCUUAUAUAUUUGAAAAACCGCUCGGAAACAAAGAUAACCAUGCCAUUCAACUACAAAGCAUGCUUACUUAGCUGAAACAGCUGUAUCUAUUUAUUUAUUUGUUUGUUUUUGAGUCACUCACAUAACAAAACAUUAAAAAGUUACAAAAAGUGUUAAUAAAGUAUAAGUUAAUGUGACAAGGAAGCCUAAAAAAGCUGGGAGCUUAUAUUGAUAGUCGUCCUUAAGCUAGAUUACUAAUUAAUUCCUUGAGUGCAGAGUGUACAGAAAACAUGUAACUUAAGCAACAGGAAGGCUAUCAAUGAGAUAAUUUUUUCAGAGUUUUUUAAAGACAGUAGCGAUACACGUCCCUGCACUCUCUAGAUGCUCUACCCACUGAGCCACAGAAUUUUGUGGUGUUCAAGGCUUUGUCUGACAUUUUGCCUCUCAUUUUCUCAGCCUCGACCAAAAUACUUCCACUCGGCGGCCAUCCUGGAUGGCGUCAUGAUCGUCUAUGGCGGUCGAAGUAACACAACCGAUCAGCUGUUUUCAUCUGAACUGUUGUUGUACAACAUUAAGUGCAACUACUGGUAUCUUCUUCCAGGUAAACAAAAUAUCUUAUUUAAUUGAACCGCUUUAGUCCAAAAGCCAGCUCUGGGCACAUCCAAAAAAAAAUGUACUGUCACCAAAAAUAUGUAAAUUUAUUUGAAAACUUGAUCGAAACCUCACCUUCGUUCGACUCGGUCCACACGAGCAAAUUUUGGGACUAUUUGUAAAAUUCACAAUUACAUUUCUAUCAGUGCGCAUUGGCAGAUACCGUAAAUCCUCUAUUAAGCCCCCCUCUCAAACAAGCCCCCUCCCUCUAAUAAGCGCCCCCUUUUCAGAGGAAGAAUCUUAAUAAGCCCUUUCCCUCCCCUCCCCUAAUUAUUCUUCACUAAUAAAUGAUAAACUGUAUAUUAAAAUAAAUCACGACCAUACAACUUCGUGUGGACUGAUCAUGGAUGGUUAUUUACCAACUGUAAGAUCGGAUUUGUUUCUGAUCCUCGGCUGCAUGACCUAAAACUUCUUGUACUUGAGCUUUUCUACUUUCCAUUCUCGUUCUAUAUGGAGAACUGAUACUUUCUGGAACACACGGAUUUUUUCUUGCGAGCCGUCUGUUUCACCGACUGAAAAAUCACAAGUUCUAUGUUAAAAGCUCGUUUUCCAAAGGAAAACGUUUAACGUCCAACAGAAACGCAAAAACUGGGGCGUCUACCUUCACUGUAGUAUUUUCAAUUUUGGUUAGGACCAUGGUUUUUAAGCUGUGUUUUUUGGUCGUUCCCUGUAGACAAUAGUUUGCUUGGAAGUAAGCCAGAAGCCCUUGUGUCUGCCGCAGCCGCCAAAGUUGCAGACAGGAUCUUCAUUUUUGGAGGAUUUAACGGUGAAGCGCAUGGAACGUUGUUCCGUCUUACCCUUCCUUCAGACCUGUGCCAAGCUUUGACUUCUAAAGAGAAGUGUAACGCUGUCAAUAUCUGUAGCUGGUGUGAAGUCCACAAUGUCACGCAAGAGGGGAAUCUUACUGUUGCGACCAAUCAGAGCGCAUGUUACUCGGUGACUUCUCCAGUGCCUGCAGUCUGUCACGCUGAACCUAAUGUAACUCAGGUAUUUAAAAUAAAGAUGAGAAUAAUGUAGUCUUAACGGGACUGGAUAAUAAAACUGUGUUGUGACCGCGUAAAUAAAACGUCUUCAGAAGUACUUUCGCAUGGUACUUAACAAUUAUUCCUCGAGCCCGAAUGAGCUCUGAGUCAAUAGCCCAGGAGGCAGAAGGCCGAAUAGGCUAUUGACUCAGAGGCCAGGAGGGCGAGAGGAAUAACUGUUUUAGUAAAAUCCAACUAGUUGGUCAAAAAUAUCGAGACAAAACAACUUUACCUAGCAAAACGCUAUUCAGCCGCCAUUGUUUUGGUUUUCAAAGCCGGCGCUUUUCGCUACUAGUGGGCUAUAACAUAUAGCCUAGUAGUAGCUCAACCAAUCAGAACGCAGCAUUGUUAAUAGAGCACUAGUUGGAUUUUACUAACAUGUAAUUUAGUCCGUAUUUCUAACUUUUGAGUCUAUGGACGAAAUUCUAUGAUGUGACCAUUCAAAUGAAAUCUCUUCAGCAGUACUUUCACUCGAUCUUACUUGUAGUUCGAACUUUUUACCUCUAUGGGCGAAAUUCUAUUUUUAAAAUUUUAUUAUAUUGAACUUGGCGCUUUUAACUUACGAGGCUGGAGGUAAAUCCUGUGCUGUGCCUUUCAACUGAAACCUAGAAAGCAGUAAUUUCACUUGACACGACUUUAUAUGUUUCAACUUUUUUUUUAAAGUAAAGUUGAAGUGUUUUGAUCACUUUCAGAGACUAAUAAUAUACACGAAAAAAUUGGCAAAGAAAGGAGUGCAGUUCUCCUGUAAUGCUAUUACAAAUUACAAAUGGUUUCUGAUUGGCUGAAAACACAAAAGAAACCAACAAGAACCAAUGAGAUUAGAGCUGUGUUAACAACAAAAUUUAAGAAAGUGGCCGUGGUUUUCAGCAAUUAGCGAUUUGAUUUUGCAUGCAAAACCACAAUAGAACAGUUAAAAAAUAUUCCAAAAACCCGAACAAAGGAAAAGGUACGUCUUUCUGGCUAAAUUUAUUGAAAUGUAGUGCUAAGAGAACAAUACUGUCGAGGAAAGUGAGCCAGAAACUAAACUUGCUACUUAAAACAUGCUACGCUGAGGUAAAAAAAAGAACAAAAACGGUGACAGCCACAUGGAAGUCAUGCACUCAAAUCAUGGGAUUACCUAUACUAAAAUGUCAACAGCUCUUUCUUUCCAGUUGUUUUGAUUCGGUUUUUGCGUAAACACUUCAAAUUCGAAAUCGCUCAUUGAAAUUAAGUUUCUUUUUUCUAUCGUAGGUUAUUUUUCACGAUGGCACAAACUGUUCUGCACCUUCCACUCGUUCUUGUGAUACAUUCUACUCCUGCAGCACGUGCCUGGCUUCCUACCCUCACCCGAACACCAAGCCGAGUUGUUUGUGGUGUACUCAUUGCCCAACGGGUGGAAAAUGCAUCAAAUCAACCGAGACCUGCCAUGAAGCACAUCCCUGCGUACAGACCCAACAAAAGCAACAGCAAGUAGAUCUCUGCUCUUUCAACAGCUGCGAGGCAUCGUCUUGUACCACAUGCCUUGAUCGAGGCCAGUGUAUGUGGACUACUCAGUUAAAAUGGCUUCACGAGAGACAAUUAGGCCUGUCACUCAGUAACUAUCCUUACAGCUGGAACUGUUACACAAGCCAGAUAGACGAAAAAUAUCUGAACGUAAUGAGAGUUACGACUUCCCCUCGCGAUUGUCCGCAGUCGUGUUCAGUUCACACAAGCUGCAUAACUUGCCUCGCUUCUAAUGGUCCGUUUUCUGUCGCUCACGCUCGCCUGAAAAAACUGUCGACAUUUCACGACGCCUUUGCGGAACGAGCGAAGGAAUUCGAUCCUGAUGACCCGUCACUACCCAGAUCUGGUCAGUGCUUCUGAUUGGUCGUGCCUCAGGGAAAUUUGCUCCAACCAAUCAGAAACAUUACCCAGAUUUGGGUAGUAACAUGUCAUGAAAUUUCUGCGUCUGCGUUCGUUCCUUGGACGUCAUCUAUUUCACGGGUAAAACAGUGGUGACGUCACGAAGUGUUGGCUCUUUUCUCAGGCUAUAACUAUGAGCAAAGAACUGUUUAAUCUUUAAUUAAGAUAAAUGCCUUUAGGAAGCUAAUCAGGCAGGGUGCGAUCGUUAAACGAAAAGCAAAACAUCUAUAAUAAAAAAUAUAUCUAAAAUAAUAAAAUGUGAUCGAAUAACGACAAACUUAGCUAUUAAUGUAAAUUGCUCAUGCUCACAUAAUAUACUUGACAGCGAAAGUGAAAAAUAUAAUAUAAGGGCAACAAGAUAACUAAAUAUUGGAGAAAAAACCUAUGCGUGUUAACAAAACUGUUGCAAGCUAACUCGACUACAGUAGGGAGAUCGGGCCUCAGUCAUCGUUGGAGAUGCUUAUCUUAGUAUUGCCCUUGUUAAUCGUGAAAAACCUUGUCGACUUAAUUGUCUCUCUUCAUCAUUUUAGUCUUGCCACUUGCUAUCAUUACAAAAUCCGUUCAUGAAUGAGUACUUAAGUGUCUCCAGCCUGCGUAGCUGGCGGAAUUGUUUUUGCGCGUGUGAGAUUUUUGGCGACGAAGCGUUAUUUUCGCGGGUUUGCCUUGAGAAAAGAGCGCCAAAACGUCUCCUUCACAUUCGCCGCUCGGCUUUACAGCUCCUCUUCCGAAACUUUCCUUGCGCGAACAAUUCCGCGCGCUACUUAAGCUUAAGUGUCUCCUUUUGUUUUUAUGUAUUUCAGGUGGAGAUGGUGGCUGGAAAGAAUGCGCGUGGAGUGAAACUCUCGGCCAGUGUUUCUCCCCAUCUUACCUGCCGAUCAUCUGUCUGGCAGGGCAAUGCGGGCGGGUUAUUCGGGGAUCAACAUCUGAGUGCAUGGGCAGCUGUGGUGCUCAUCAGCAGUGUUCUUACUGUCUGAAUAGUUAUAAUUGCGGCUGGUGCGCUGAACAGGGAAUCGCGGGAAUAGGGCAGUGUUUUGAAGGAGGAAUACAAGGUCAGGAGAACCUCUUUGUUGAAACUCUUUUUACAAUCAGAUGGUGUGUGCCAGAAAAAUUUAACCGUCCCUUUAUCCCCUUAUCAAGCAACUUUCAACUUGCUUGCCAGGUCGAUUAUUUUGACAAUGAAAUAGGCUUUCUUCGAGAGUUUACCCCAAGAACCUAUCAAUUGGCCAUUUCCGAGUUCCCCCGUGCCUCUGUAUCAAAACGAGGUUAAGUGCUCAGCCUUUGAUAUAGAGAGGAGUUUUCAUUCUCAUCCAAAUAAAACUCAUUUUCACAAGAAAGGUUGUGCACUUGGCCUCAUUUUGAAAGUGAGGGUUUAUGGAACUCGGAAGUGGCCUAUUCCGUGCGUAACUACUGUUUAUAGGAAUGGGUGAUCUGGCUCGACUAUACUGAUUAAUAGAGGAAUUUUCUUAAAGUGGCCGUAUCACGGCUGGAUGAUAUAUUUUGUUUAUAAUGACGCCUCCUUAUUCACUAUGACAUUUGAGAAGUUUCUUGUGAACGACAAAACCAUGGCUUUGUGUGAAACAAAUAUGUCUUCCAAGUGUUAUUUCAAACCUUAAAAACAACAAAAGUGAACUUCGAAAAACUGUUAGGCCAACAGGUUUUAAAAAAACCACUAUAGAGCGUAUUCACUCACGUGACCAGCAUCUAUGCAAAUUUAUGGGAACAAAAGAAAGUUUUUACAUAAGAAAAGAGUCCAACUCUUACAGGAUUUGUUUGGAACACCAAUAUGGCCGCCGUGACGUCAUGUGAAAACGCCCCAUUGCAAUCCGUUUCAAUCUUCUUCAAGUUUGUGCAUCCUUGCUUCCUUUUCUAUUUCCUGUGUUAUUUAUAACUUCUUUUAAUUCUUUGAGUGAUUAUUUGUUUCACUCAAUUUGAUGGCAGUUCCCGCUCUUUGAAUUCUGGUUGCCUAGUCGCUGUACGGCGUCUUUCCAGGCCUUCUCGGUCAAUGCAUUUCAGUGACGUAUCCGAGAAACGUAUUCGAAACUUUCCCGGACCACGUGACCGGAAACGCAUAGGCUCCGCACAAUAAUGAGGGCGAGGGACUAGGCAAGAAUUUUGGUAAGCGUCGUGAGACAGAGCUCCUUAAACCUUUAACCCUAAGAUCAAAAUUUGAGUUCUCCUUUGUUGCCCUCUAUUCAUUUCCUACAGAAGUAGUGGAGAGAAGUUGAUAAAAUAUCAAGCAAAUUCAUCUCGUGUGAUCAUGUCCGUAAUUCUCAUGACCACUCUGUUUUACAAAGCAUUAAUAUUACAAGGAGAAAUUUGAUGCUGAUCACCCGUAGGGCUUAAGGGGUUGAACAACUGAACUGUCUGCCCGGUCGGUUGUGGCCAUUGAUAAGGGCUCUUACAAAGGCACGUACAGAGAAGUCCUGUUAAUUAAACUCAAGCGUCUUUUUGCGUUUUUUUCUCUCGAAGGUCCCCUCAACAACACAUGUACCGCAAACAGUGUGGCCUCUAAUGUGACUCAUGUCUGGGCUUCCACUUUAUGUCCACUGGAAAACGAGUGUGAGAAUGGACGGAACAAUUGUGAUCCGAUAACACAACUGUGUGUAGACACACCAGAGGCCUACAGGUGUGUCUGUAAACAGGGAUAUGACGACACUGCCGAACCAGGGUAAGUGAAAUCUACAGCAAACAUAGGUAAUGUACACACUUUGUGUCCAAGCGAUGGUUCAUAGGUACCGGCCCUAAAUGUAGUAGUGUUGCGUUCACUCACGGGGUACCCGAUAUGUAAGUGUGUAUACAUUUUCUGCAUUUCGCCCUUUUAGACGCCAUUUUGAAACUUGAGCGUAGCAUGGAGUGAUGUGUAUGCAAGCAGUGGAUCGCCAUAGUACUAACAGAAAACGUGCUCAAACAGGCAUCCGGUCAUAUGCUCAUUUUAGUGCCUGAGUGACAACUUCUUGACCUUUUACUCGGGAACAGGCACCGUGCCCGAAUUUAUUUGGCUAUUUAAAAAAUGGUGUGAUCACAUUAGUGCUCAGGGAGUACCUUACUCGGGCAUCUUGUCCGAGCAUUAAGUGUGAACAUUUCCAAUUGCACUCUGUAAGGUUGUACCACUACCUCGUCCCCGCGCGCCACUCUAGUGCAUCUUGGGUAAGACACACCUUUAGUUUCAAAGACUCCACCUGCCUCGCUUCAAAGCAAGGAGAGAACCCUGGGAAGAUGAGGUUUUAAACCAGCGUUUCCCUUUAAGAAAUGGGUGGAGGAAGGGGAACAGUCGUCUUAAUUUCCAUUUAUUUUGUCGAAGAGUAAUAUUUAAUAAAAAUAUUUAAUAUUUAUAUUGCGCAUUUUCUAUAAAAAAAUAAUCAAAUGCACAUAUUAAGAGAUCAAGAUAACAAUCUUGAACAAAAUAAAUGGCAAUUAAGAAUGAUUCCACGCCAAGACCGAAAUGAUUAUUUUUCUCAUCUUUGGAACAGGAAAGGAGUAUGAUCUUAAUUUUUGUCCAAGGUUGUAGGUGUUCUAUUUAGGAGUAGACUACGAGUAGUCCUCAGCGAAACGCGAGCGCGCGUAAAAAUCACCCCAAGCGAGAAAGGCAAGACGCGGUGGAGAGAGACAAAAAUGGUUAGGGUUAGGGUUCCCCGCCGCGUCUCGCCUUUCUCGCGUGGGGUGAUUUCCACGCGCGCUCGCGUCUCGCUCGCUCUGCUAUCCCUGAGGAAAAAUGAGGACUACUAGUAGUAGGAGGGAUGUACUUUUAGUCGUAUUGCACAUAUUUAAGCUCCAAGAGUGACCAACAUCAAUUUUCUCCUUACAAUAUACAUACAUCAUCAAGAGAAAAGGUUAGGAAAAUUAAUAAAAUGAUCUCCAAGGAAAAAUACUUUGAUCUGUUACCAAAUUCUUCCAACUAAUUCUUUAAGGAAAUGUAUGGAGAUCAGUUUCGAGAAUUUGUCUUUUGAUAUUGGAGUUAGAAGCCAGGAGAGAGGAGACUGACACUGGGGUUUAGUGGGUGGAGACGCCUGACAUUUUGAACUAACCUUACACGACAUUUUUCGUUUUCUUUCAGUACAUGUGUGCCAGUCUGCUCCAAGGGAUGUGACCAUGGGCGAUGCGUAAGGCCCGAGGUCUGCGCCUGUAACUUUGGUUGGACAUCUGUCAACUGUUCUGUCAAGUGUCUGUGUAAUGAGCAUGGUCAGUGUGCCAAUGAAACUCAUCUGGAUGUAUGUCACGACUGCCGUAAUCACACUGUGGUAAGCGCCGUCACGCAACACUUUACUUGUAGAUCACGAACCGCAACGUGCUAUGUUCUGUCACGCAACUAUUCUGUUAUUUCUGGUUGGGUCCAUUUCUUAUAUCAUAUCAUGUCACACACUCGUCAGUUUUGUUAUUCCAGGGAGUGGAUGCAAAGACCUUUCUCUUUGCCGAAUAAAGUAUACCAAAAAGAUAAAGUUGUUCAACUGCAAUAAUUUAUUUAUGCAGGGGAGAAGCUGCGAGUUCUGUGAACCAUUGUACGUUGGUGAUGCCACAGACAACGGCAGCUGUGUAUCGUGUUAUAAUGAGUGCAAUCACAGAGCAGACGUCUGUAUGAACGUAUCUCAACUUGAGUAUGGUCAGACAAGAAACUUGUCCUUUGAACCUGCUGAGGUACACAGUAGUUUCUAAACAGGAGCCCAUGAGCAGAAGCGAGCAACUUCCAUGCGCUCGUGUCACGGCGUUUUCAUGGAACGGUUUAUUUUUAGAACGGUUUUGGCGCGAAUUUUGAAUAUCUUUUAAAUUCCACAAACCAGUCAGCAAACCCGACAGACCUAAAAAACUCAUACUGAGAUAUUUUUUGCCUUUUAAUAACGUUUAGUUUCCCUUUUUGAUAUCUUAUACUUCGAAUGCGCUCAUAGACAUGGUGGAGAUUCUAUUUUCGCGGGAAAAAGUGCCCUAAAAUGUUUCUAAAAAUAAAGUGGUCCGUAAAAACGAACGAUUGCAACACUUCUAUAGGCUGCUUCAUUAACUGCCGUUUAUACAUCUUCGUAAGGGGUUUUAAGAGGGCUUAUAUCCGAGGAGGCUUUUAACCGGCAUAGAAAAAGCGCUUCGAAUUAAGCUUUACCAGUGCUGAUCAAAAUAAGUUUUGCAAGUACUGGUCUUAAAUUAAGCUUCAAAACGUCAUAAUAAAUCAAAUUCAUAUCAAAACAAGCUAGACACGGGGCUGGGCUUAUAUCCGGGGAGCUUAUUUGUUUACGGAUAGAUGGGCCUAAACUGCAGCGCGGGUGGUGGGGGGGGGGGGGGGGGGGGGGCGGGUAAAAGCUGCAAUUUACGUUAUUAGCGUAGCGCCAGUUACAAGCAUUUGCGGUUGACCGUGAGAGAGACUGGGUCGGUGUUGUGUCGAAUUGCACCAUGGGACGAUCUUGGGACGCCUUUGCCUCGUUUAUUGGCUCUUGCAAAGUUGGGUGGGGACUGGGUCAGUGUUUAUCGCCUUAAGUCCCGUAGUGCAAUUUGAUACCACACAGACCCAUUCUCGCCAGUAAAGGAUUUUAAGCGAAAUUGCUUGGUUAUCUUUAUUCACGGUUCAAAAUGGUGGUGCCAGUUUGACGUGGUUCAUAUGUACACAGGUCAAAAAGUGGUUAAAACAAGGUCCUUUCAAGAUUGAACGGGAGGAGGAAUGUUUAUGCAAGAAUAACAGUAAUGGAUUUAGGUGCGGCUCUUGUGUUUACGGCUUCUUCGAACAUGACGAUUCAUGCACAAGGUAGGCAAGUUUUCCUGUUGUCUUCAAGAAAAUAAAAGACACGUUUAGCAAAGACAGUGCAAAGCCAAGUGAGCCAACGAAACCGCGUGGCAAAAAUGAACGUGACUUCCGGUGCUCAAUUUGGGGAGGAGCGUUGCGUGACGACAGAAAGAACGGCUGUGAAGCAGGCUACUCUGCUGUUGGUCAAUUUUGUUUCUAUUCUUUUUUGGAAACUAUUCCCUCUGAAUUUUUUUAAAAAAUAACCUUAUAACCGCAUACUAUCUCUACCUUUAAAAUACCCAAUUAUGUAAUUUGAUAUCUCUGCCAUUGCUUACUAUUAAUAACUAUUACUAUUAUCAAACAAUGAUCAAGGUAACCUGCGAUCAGGCGUUUUUUUUUUUAAGACUUCCAAACAAAAAAGGUAGAAAGACCGCCUGAUUGCAGGUUAUGAUAAAGGUGUUGUUCAGCGCCAAUUUUCCUUCUAACAAUCCUUGUUUCACUUUAGUUGCUUGUGUAAUGGACACGCCGAUACGUGUGACAAGAGAGAAGGUACCUGCAAGUGCGGAAACAACACUGAGGAAGAUUGUCCUCCUACCGCGGCAGACUGCUACAAACGGCAGGUACGUGCGUCCGUUUCACUAGAGGGUUGCUUGCAUAGAACGCUGCAUACUAGGUAACAUAUGAGCGGCAAAACUGUAUGAGCUUUACCACAGACUCAUACCUUGUGGCUAGUUAUGUGUAUUUUGGGGUGAGAGGAGUACAAGAAAUUGCCCACCUACCCCUCCCCUAAGCCAACCUUAACACUUACUUCUCACGUAGGGCAAAAUGUUGGCUUAAGGGAGGGGUAGGUGGGCAGUUUCCCAGAAACGUAUAAUGAUCCGAGGCGCGCAUAGCGUCAUGGGAAGGGACAAUAUGAUCGCUGUUUUCUCCUCUUCCCUUCCCAUGACUCCCCGCGCACCUCAACUCAACCCCAAUCUUCCCUCACUGCAAAAAAACACAUAUAGCGACUGGGUAAGAGUUUGGCUUUUCCUUACGUUCGCCUGCCGACUUGCCGUCAAAAGCAUACAGCUUCUGUCACGCCGUUUUUCUAUACGAGCAUCCAAGAGACCAUACUGUGACACGCUAGAUCAGUUAUCAAUCUAAUUAAAGGGUUUCAGUUUAUCUUAAAAUUUCAAUAGUGCUCAAAAUAUUUACGAAGAAGUUCAUCGGAAUUCCUGCAAGUUCAUGCUAAUGGGUUGUCACGCAGUGUUAGGCACAACUGUCACGCUGGUUUUCGAUGCAUCUAGGUAACACAACGUGCAAGACUUUGUCUCGCCGGUUUUCAAAACAGUUACAUUUAGUUAACGCGACAUACUGUGCCACGUUAAGUUAGUUAUCAAGCUAAUACAAUGGUUUUAAUGUCAAUAGUGUUCAAAAUGUAAGGAAAACUUCAUGGGAAGUCCAGUGAACAGCCAACAGUGCUACAGAAAAAUCAAUGUAAUGCAAGAGUUUGUCAUUGGUCAGCAAACUGGCGACGAUCGCAACAUUCAAGCACUCCCAUAUGGACAAAGCAUCUUCUAUGGUAUAUACCCAAGAUUUACCAAUGUGGAUAUUCGCUUAACAGUUGACGUGUUCACGGGUGAAGUGGACGUGUAUGUUACAAACGAAAACGAUGUUUUUACUGUGGAAUAUAACCAAACCAGUGGGCAUCAUGAAGUGUUAAUUAAACCCUUUGCGGGGUAAGUUUAGCUUUGAUAAGUAGAUAUUUCUCUUAAGUGUGCAACUUUCAGGGGCACCCAACAAGAACAUAGUUCAAAACCACUUAAACAUAGCAUUGUUGAACGUAUUUUAGUAUUUAAACGGUAGAUAUAGGAAUAUUUUUAUCCCCUAAAAAUUUUUCAUCUGUUCGGAUUUCCUAGCUGAAAGUCUAGUGGUCCGAAAAUUAUAGGGAUCAAAACUUGCCUUUUCGAAAAUUCCGGAAAAUUCUAGGGCAUCUUUUUAGGGUAAAAAUCCGUUAAAAAUGGGCAAUUAUACCAUUGUUUAGAUGUUCGAAAAUCUUAGGAGAGGCAGGCAAGCAAGGAAUUUGACAAUAAAUGUUCCGAAAAUUCUAGAUCUCCAAUCGUCUUCCGAACAGAUAUUUUCCGAAAAUUGACGUUGGGUGCCCCUGUUAAGUGUGCAACUUAGUUCCUCUCAAUCAGUCAACGUAAAUGAUGGAAAAAAAGAGUGUAAAAAGUCUCUUACCACUACGAGGCCACAGGUGAGCAGAACACAAAUCUUUGGGUCUCCUGAGACUCUUUGGGAGUCGUGUCGCUAUUUCGCCGUUACAAUCUGGAUUUAUGUUUGUUUGGAUAAUGUUUAGUAAGUAUGUCCAGCGGUGUCAUCAUAAGUUAAUUUCAAAUCGUAACACCAAUUGCGCUAAGUUUGGGACAUUGAAGCGCGCUCAAAGAGCGUAUGACUGUAAACUGGUCAAUAAAGACCCAAAUCACAAAAACUGGUGAUUGGAGGACUCCUUUGUAGUCCAUUAUCCCACAAAUAUUAAUUGACCCAAAAAAGGGUUCAUAAUUAGCAAAAUAUGUAUGUCAGUUUAUCGCUUCUCAGGUGACAUUUUACAAUUUGUAACCGCUAGUGUACUGACUUAUCUUCAAAGUUGAUGGUGUGGUAAGCAGUGAGAAGCGCGGCAUCAGGCAGACGCUCUUGUUUCUCGCGUCUAGUGUCCACGCGUCUCGCGUAAUACCCUACUGUCAUUGAAGAUGAUGGUGAUGGUGAUCUCGAUGAUGAUCGAUAACUCUGUAAAUUCCGUUAUUGAUCUCGAUUUUAUUUGAGGUUUAUAAGUAGGAGUCAGGUGCCUUAGAUUAUUCCGCAUAGCCAGUUUGCGAUAAUGUUAAAGGUUUGGAAUUAAUUUCCCAGUCUGUCACUUUUUCUAUUAGCAAAAGAAAAAGAAGAAGCGUAGACGACACCAGCGGUCAAGAAGAUGGAGUUGACACAGUAACCGCAUCAGACAAGCGCCUUAACACAUUCAUCACCUAUAAUGAAAGACACCAAGCGCUUAUUGUACGCCAGGUCCGCAAGCGUCUGGUACUGACUUUUCCACACAGUCAGCAUUUUCUUAAAGACGACAGGUUAGCUAGCACACUAUGUGAUUUCCUCCCGGGGGGACUACUCCGGGGAAUUCUUGGUGGGGGUGUGCCGCCCGAUUAGGUUUAGGGUCCCCAAAUCCUGAUCCUGUUUCAGACCAAAACAUGUCAUCUGAUUUUCCACACCUUUUUUCAGACCUGGCCAGCAAAAUCCUUAUCCGUUUUCAGACCUGGAGAAGCUCACAAAUUGCGACGUAUAUGUUUACAUAGGAGGAAAUUAUGUCAUUAUGUAGAUUAGAACGCCAACAAAAGCUUUCUUAAAAUCCGUUUUGAAUUCGCAUAUCACUCUUUCUUUCUUAUUCACUUAGGACUGAAUCUACAAAUACGAUCAUACACUCCCGUAGUUACCUCAAAAAACCCUACCCGAUUCCAGACCAAAAUGAUAAAAGUUUAUACCCGUUUUUAGACAAAAACGGGGCGAAAACCACACCCUUUGUGGCGGCACAUGCCCAUAUUAUAUGGCUUAUACAGCUAUUUCGAGAACGGUUGUCUGAAAAAGUGCACGCGUCAAUCCCGAAAGGUAUUGUGGGUGGUUUUAAAUUCACUGUUCUUCGAAGAAAUUUGAAAGAAUGGCACUAGAGGCCAUAGACCUAUGUUUCCGAGUGGCUAAAAGAAAGCAAAAAUAGACGAUUCAACAGCAACAUUGUCAGGAACAUAUCCCAUAUUACCUUUCGGGAUUGUCGCGUGCACAUUUUUUUCGACAACCUUUCUCGAAAAAGCUGUUUAAGGGAGUUUCGCCGUAAUUAUUUCCUUUAUAUUUUGGUUUGUUUUAACUCUUCCACUUCGAGAGUUGCGUGAAAGCAUCCGUUUAUCGAUGAACCGCUAGUCCUGACUGAACUCUCUGUGUCAAGCGCUCGGUUAUUAGAGAGCUUGAGAUUCUGAGACGAGGACGACUACGAUUACGAGAUUUUCCCAAUACUGAGUGUUACUCAUGCGUGAGCCAGCGUCAUUUUAGCGGGGAAACGUGAUAGCCGUCGUCAUUCUACUACGAGUUUUAGCGAGAAUGUCGUAGUGGCGUGAACAAGUUAUCAAAUGUAAGAAGUUUUAUCAUUUUGCUAUCGGGAGAGGGUUUAACCUCCUUCAGUUUAAAUAACCGUACCAACUUUUUUGGUGUUUUCUUUGCUAAAGAAGUGUAUUCUCUUUUCACUAGGUUCUAUAUGGUGUUUGUGGGCCGAAGUAAGCCCGGCACAAAAGGCCUGGUGUACUUCAGACAGGACUUGUCUCAGAUCGACUUGUUCGUGUUCUUCUCCGUCUUCUUCUCUGCGUUUUUUCUCGUGGUGUCAGUCAGCGUGUUCGGAUGGAAAAUCAAACAAUAUCACACUCGUAGAAGAGUCAUCGAGCAUCGUGAAAUGCAGUUGGAAUCGAUGAGAAGCCGGCCUUUCGCAACCUAUUCCCUUCUUCACCAAAAGGAUAAACCGCAGCCCAGUUGCUGGCGCAUCAAGCGCGAUGCCGCUGGCAGCAAGGAGAUUCGUUUCAGGGACACCAAAGAGCGACCUGUCUUGGCCCCUGUUAGUCAGGAGCCAGCUGUCGACGGCCGAGCGUCAGUCACGACAGUGGUAUUUCAGCUGCCCGCUAACGAGUGUACAGAGCUUCAACUUAUGUUUGGCUCAGCAUUGACUUGGGUUACGAAUCAACAGUCGAUUGGAUUUGUUAAUCAUCACGUUAGUAAUGGACGUAAAACUAGCACCAGACGGACAGUUACAUUCACUAGUUAGCCCAUAUGUAAAUAUUUUCUAGUUGCAGUCGUUAUCAGUCACGCUAAACCCCUUAUGUAAUGUUUUAUUCUUCAUGUCACGCAAUGCAGGUGUGUGGUGUUGAUCGUCACGCAACCAAAACCUAGUAAGUUGAUUGUCGAAUCAAUUAUAAACGGAAUGAAGAACAUUAAGGUAGACACGGUCCAGUUUUGGACGACGUUUGUUAGUAAACUUGAAGAUUUUUUCACCAAAAUUUAAGAAUAAAAAUCAGCGAAAUCCAGGACCCCUCUGCAAAUCACCCUGGUGAAAGACUCUCCUUGUUAAAAUUUAUUAUUAUUAUUAUUAUUAUUUUGUAUUGUAUUCAUCUUGUGUGAUCAUGUUCUCAAUUCUCAUGACCACUGUGUUUUAUAAAGCACUGAUAUUACAAGGAGAAAUUUGACGCUGAUCACUCUCAGGGCUUAAAGGGUUGAAGUUCCUAAAGGUCCCAAACUGGGCCUCACAGGCCAUCUAUUAUUAUUAGUAAUCGAAGUCAGCUGAUUACAUGUUUUAGCUUGGCUUAUCAGACUCCAUCCUUGCAAAAUUCAUUGUUUAACCUUCUCGGUCCCAGAAGUAGCCAAAGUACAAAUUUGAAAAUGUCAUUUUUUAACAUGCUAACAAAAACAGAUAGCACCUUGUGAAAGUACUGGCAAAGAGAUUUCAUUAAAUGGUGACACCAUAGGAUUUCACUCACGGACUCAAAACUUACUUACUAAAUAAAUAAUACCGUGUGAAAGUACUGCUGAAGAGGUUUCAUUUGAAUGGUAACAUCAUAGAAUUUUACUCACAGACUCAAAAGUUAGCACUACAAACUAAAUAAAUGUUACCAUGUGCAAGUACUGCUGAAGAGGUUUCACUUGCAUGGUCACACCAUAGGAUUUCACUCAUAGACGCUCAAAAGUUAGUAUUUCCUUACAAGACUAUUAUAUUAGUUCGGGGUAUGUGCAGUGGAACCCCUCCUUACGGUCACCUCGUUGUUACGGCCACUUUUUUUGGCCGCCUGGCAAAACCGCCAUACAUUUCCCUGUAAAAAAAAACCGUCGUUGAUACGAUCACCCGUUAACAAGGCCAAUUUUUUUGGCUCAUUGGUGACCGUAUUGAUGAGGCUCCACUGUAUUACUUUUGUUUGGUUUUUUCACUUAAACUUAUUAGGUCAGCUUUACUUUUAAUUUGUCACUGAUAAUCGACAUAGAAACGUUAUGCAAAACCUUUUCGCUGAUUUUUAUUCUUAAGUGUGUAACGAAAUUUAAUUUGAAAAAUCAAAUUCAACGAACCAAAAUUCGACGUGUUCCAAUUGUACAGAAAAUAAUGGUCUAUUUUUUCACCUCCAAUUUUUUAAAUUUUUGUACACUUUUAGUUAUGUUACUGGUUACAUGCAGUCGAUAUUAAAAUUUUCCCUUUGAACAGUGUGUGAUGGCACGUCGAAGAGAACCUUAACCUUAUAUUAUCAAAGUCCAUUUUCUC